AUCAAUACCCCGCCACAUCACACUCUUGAGUCUUCGCGAAUGCCGACGUGGACCCUACAAUGCAUUGUAAAUAGAUUUCUGCAUUCGCCAAGCACCUAUCCGUUUGAUUUCUAUGAUGAGGGUGCCCAGCGACGACGAAAACGACGCCGUUCAAAUUCAGCAUGGAAACAACCCCGAUGAUCCUUUCAUUAUCACUAUCAAUUGCCCUGACAAGACCGGUCUCGGUUGCGAUCUCUGCAGAUUCAUUCUCGACUUUGGUCUUUGCAUUCUCAAAGGAGAUUUUUCAACUGAUGGCGUGUGGUGCUACAUUGUAUUGUGGGUUAUUCCACAAUCUGUAGUAUUGCUUCCUAUCAAUUGUUCUUAUUUGAAAGACCGUCUUCGAGCAAUUUGUCCUCCAUGUUUAGCCUCAUUUUAUCUCGUCCACAAACCCAAGACAUCCUCUCCUCUUUAUCUAUUGAAGUUCUGUUGCCUUGAUCGAAAGGGAUUACUACACGAUGUAACAAAAGUCUUGUGUGAGCUUGAACUUACAAUUCAAAGGCUGAAAGUGACUACAACCCCGGAUAGCAAAGUCUUGGACCUCUUUUUCAUAACAGACAACUUGGAACUUCUGCACACACGAAAGCGACAAGAUGAGACAUGUAAAAGAUUAAAUGCUGUUUUAGGAGAUUCGUGUAUCAUUUGUGAACUUCAAUUGGCAGGAUCGGAGUAUGAAUACAAUCAUGGACAUGGUAUCUCUCUGUCUCCUAUGCUAGCGAAGGAACUAUUUCAGUGUGAGUUGUCAGAUAACCAAGUUCGUUCGCAAGCUCUUAGCUCAGAUAUGAAAAAGUUGAAGAAAUCCAAUGUAACAGUAGACAAUUCCUUAAGCCCGGUUCAUACACUACUUCAAAUACGAUGUGUCGAUCACAAGGGUCUUCUUUAUGACAUUAUGAGAACUUUGAAAGACAUGAAUUUGAAGAUUUCGUAUGGCCGAUUUUCACCAAAUGCCAAGGGGUGUCGUGAUUUAGACAUAUUUAUUCAGCAGAAAGAUGGGAAAAAGAUUUUGGAUCACGAGAAGCAGAGUGCACUAUGUUCUCGUUUGAAACUGGAAAUGCUUCACCCAUUGCGAGUUAUCAUUGCAGACCGAGGACCGGAUACUGAACUAUUGGUCGCUAAUCCAGUUGAGCUGUCGGGAAAGGGAAGACCUCGAGUUUUUUAUGAUGUUACAUUGGCUCUCAAAACACUCGGUAUUUGCGUUUUCUCGGCUGAAGUUGGAAGGCAUUCUGCGUCAGAGCGUGAAUGGGAAGUCUACAGAUUUCUUUUGGAUGAGAACUGUGAAUUUCAAUUAACAGGUGUUGUUGCUAGAAAUCAGAUUGUAAAUAGAGUUAGGAGAACAUUAAUGGGUUGGUAAAUAGUAUUUAUUCAAUACAAUAUGUAGUAUCUGGUGUUGCAAUGUGCUUUGUGUAGCCAAUGAGUGUUUGCUUUGUAAAUUCUUCGUGCUGAUCAUUAGUUAUAUGCCUUGUAAUUCCAGUUGUGUGUAUAUA